AUGCCCGUUACUACGAUCGCCGAAGGCGUCUUCUCCAACCAGGGGAGACUGCCGCAUGUUGCAGACUCGAAGGAAGCCGCGACUAGCCUGGGAGGGCCACGCACCUGCGCACGCCUUCUGCACGCCUUCCGCUCGUACGGCACCAUCGCCAAGCUUCAGGACGGGGACAUCAUGGACACGUUCAUCCACGCCUUUGAGUCACCCAAAAUGCAGCAGGACUUACGCCGCACUGCAGCCGCCAAAUCGUACACCUUCCGCACGAUGACCUACGAGCAGUUCUUCGACGUGCUCAGGGACACCUUCAUACGUGGCGGCUCCACGAAGCUCUUCGACAACUUCCAGGAUCGUGCGCGCGCAGAUAAGGAACACCCCUUGGACUUCUACAACGGCCUUGAGGAGUCUAACUUCGACCUCCCCGCCGAGCUGCGCGUGUCGCAGAUGAAGAUCAUCGAGCGCACCAUCCUCAGCUUCGGCCGCAAGUUCACGAACUUCUGCCGCAGCAAGGACCAGUUCGCCAAGCUCCUGAAGUGGACGCUCCUGACCGUGGACGAGAGCGACGAGGUGUCAGUGGAUGCGUACAACGCAUCCAUCAAGGACUUCACGACGGUCUUGACCACCGCCUGGGACGCGCACCGCAACUUUCUCGACGAGUUCGCUGACGCUGUGAGCGACGGGAUGAAGGCCCUCGACAACGACCUGCGCAAGCGCAGCCUGAGCACCGCUUCGCACUCAGCUCAGCUGCCCGAGCCUAAGCGCCCCGCCUUCGCCAGCAACGCCGCACAGCCUCCUCGCUCGUCGACGUAUGCUCAGCAGCCCGCUUAUGCCCAGCAGUCCGCACCUCCACGUCGCUGGUCUAACCAGGUCACGGCCGUCAACGCGAUCAGCUCACGCCCCCCUGCUCGGGUGCUUACCAAGGCGGAUGUCUUGGCUAAGAAGGAGGUCCUCAUCAUUCCCCUCAACCUCAACCCAAGACUCGUUGGCCACUUCAUCACUAUCACCAUCUUCAGCGGGUGUUACUUCUGCUUCGAGAUCCGCGCCAAUCAUCGCGCCUCCGACUGCCCUAACCGGGGCCAGUCCUUCAAGCCGCCCUUCCCGCUCGACUGCACCGAGGUCGAGGACUACCUCAUUGCGCAGACGUACUUCACUCAUUACAAUGAGGAGAGGGAGCGCCGCGGCAUCACGCUCCAGGAGAUCGUCGCCAACGUCAACCCGGCCCGCUACCUGCGCUCCUCUCGUGGUCCCGCCACGAACGCCAAUAGCAUUCCCGUCGGCACGCGCGUCAACGCCGUUCCUGCCCAGGUUGCCCGCAUCUCGCCGGACUCGUCCUUCGAGGGUCCCCCCGCACAGCCUCAGCCCGUCAACUACAUCGCCUACACUCAGAAUGACCUCGCACGCAGCUACGCUUCCACUGGACUGCGGGGGCGUGUUAACCACAUCGCUAACGUCCGCCGUCACAGCGACAUGGGCCUGCCCACCGUCCCGCGCACGGCACCAGCUCCUUCCCAGCCUGCUCGCGACUUCGUCUCAGCCUCCUUCGGUGACUAUAGCAACGACGACGCGGGGUACAACGACGACUACAUCAGCCAGCCCGCGCCUCCCGCAGGCUCUGGCUCUCGCGCCCUCCGCGGUGACCGUGACGACGGCGCGGUCAUCCAUACGCACUGCAGCACGUCCAAGGCUCGCGCUUACGCGCGGUCUAGCAGCCGGUCACUCUCGCGUGCUCGCUCGCCCUCGCGCUCCGGUUUUGGUCGUGAGGUUGUCAAUGACCGCUCGUGUUCGCGUUCCCGCUCGGCCUCCGUCCGCUCCCGUCCUCGGUCCAUCAUGCGCGGUCGCUCCUCCGCCUUGCCCUCGCGCGCUGCGUCGCCCGUGUCCACUACGCCUGAGCAUCGUCGGUCCUUGUCCGUGGAGUUCGCACCUGCCGCCGGUCCCUCCAAGCGCGCGCUCGUCUCGCCUGCUCGCCACCGCUCUUCCUCGCCCCUGACGCCGCUGGACAGCCCGGUGCCCAGCCCGCCCCCUACACCGCCCAGCCCGUCGCCAGCGCCGCGCGCUCGUGCGGCGCGUACCGACGUCUCUUCCUCCAGCCCCGCUAGAGCGCGCACCCUCUCCGAACGCCCCGCUACCAUGGGGAAGGGGAAGGCUCGCGCCAGCUUGACUGACGCUGCCCCGGCCGCUACCGAGGUAUGUGCUCUCGCCCGUGCUCCGCUGCCCCCGCUGCACCACCCGCUACCUCCCGUUCCCGGUGCUGUCGGCACCCAUCACGCUCAUGCCAUCCCACACGCCCUGCCACACUUGUUCUGGAAAUGUGUCGUCGGGUCCCCUGAGUCCUCCCUUGCCACGCGUGUCCGCGCGCUCAUUGACGACGGCUCACCCUUUGUGCUCAUCAGGGAGGACUUGCGUAGUCAGCUGCGCCUCCAGGUCCACCGCCUCGCAGAACCGGAGCUCCUCGGCGUGGCCAUGGACGGCCCAGACGGUGCUAAGGUUGAACUCUCGAUUGACUCGUACUCGCUUCUUUCCUUGCAAGACCGCUCGCUUUCUUUCCAGUCGCAUACCGUUAAGGCCCUUAUUGCUCCCUCGCUACAUGUUCCCCUCCUUCUCGGGCUCCCUUUCCUCGCUCUGAACGACUUCCGUAUCUCGUACUCGCUUCGCCGUGACCCUGCCUCGCGCUCUCGUGUCUUCGACCCCUCUGUUAUCUGCAUGGCUACUGGUUUUGAUAUCUUGCACCUGCCUCGCUUGCCUGCCUCCCCCGCCACCGCUACGACCCGUACUUCGCCCAAGGACCGCCGUAUACAGAUUUGUAGUGAUCGCUUAGCUGUUGUCUCCGAGUUGAAUGAGAUGUUGGCGGGCCGCCGGGUAGCGUGCGACGCGCACACUACCCCGCCCCGCCACCCUUCUCGAUUUGUUUGCGCGAUCCUGGAGACGAUCAAAACCCUCGAACAUAAAGCCAAGCUCGAGGCUAUGAGUGAGGAGAUCAAGAGCGAUUUCCAGGACGUCUUUGGGCCUAUUGCUCACGUCGACGAUCUGGACAAUACGCACUUGUGCAAGAUCGACUUGCGUGCUCGGCUCAAGGGUUGGCGCAGUCGGCGCGGCGUGAACGACGAGUGA